GAUCACAAGUCAGCUGACAACCGUCUGUAGAAGAGAUGCCACAGAUUAGAACUGUCUACUGAAAUAACCACUGAACUUAUUAUUUUUGAUAACAAUAUAGGUAGAAAAUAGACUUUGAUCUGACAGUAAUAUUGUUUCAUUAAUAUGUUUUAUGGAAAAUCCUUUUGAGUAACUCAAUUUGUAAAACUAUAAGCUGCAACAUGUCAGCUACAAACUUGGUGAUACCUGUGGUUUUGUGGGGAAAGGCGGCGCCCACACACUGCAUAUCAUGCAUACACCUCUCACGUGAUCAGAAGACUCUGAUUACUGGAUGCUACGAUGGCCAGAUUUGCCUUUGGCAUGUCGAUCCCGAUACACUGAAGAUGACUCCCAGAUGCCUGCUAGUGGGUCAUACAGCUCCCAUAUUGUGCUUGGCCAAAGCCAGUGUUAUUGUUGACAACAAUUUUAUCGUGAGCUCUUCUGAAAGUGGGGAAAUGUGCACUUGGGAUCUGGUGGAUGGGAAAUGUCGAGAAGUAACCAAGCUCCCUUACGUCCAUACAAACAUGCAGGCUUAUCAUAUGAAUGGCUGUGAUGAUAUCCGACUCUUCUGUAAUGGUUACUAUGCGGAAGUGCUGGUGAUGGAUCCAUUCAGCCUCGAAAUACUAUUCCAACUGUCUUCUAAAGUCAAUCCGGAUUGGAUCAGUGCUCUGCAUGUUUUGAGACCAGUUAAAAGGAAAGAGGAUGUAGUGUUGGCAUUAACUACCAAUGGAACAGUGAAAGUGUGGACCCUGUCUGGUAGUGAAUGCAAACAGAAUGAGCCAUUCUUCGAGAACGAAAGCAAGCAGAUCCGUUGCUUAAAUGCGCUUUCCAUGAGCUGUUGUUCUCAAAACCAGCGUACUGUCCUCAUAGUCUGUUCCAAAUACUGGCAGAUCUAUGACGCGGGUGACUUUUCAGUGCUGUGCUCAGUGAUAUCGCCGAGAGGCGAGCGAUGGAUGGCCGGAGAGUUCCUCACUCCCGACCGAGUCCUAGUGUGGACGGACGAGGGAAAAGGUUAUAUGUACAAACUGCCCGCCAACAAGCUGAAAGGGCGGACGCUUGAGAAUUGCAGUGUAGCUGAUAGCAAAGAGUUCCAUAAAACAUCAGGCGCUGAUGAUACACCAUUCCUCUAUGGCAUGUUAGCUGUUACCCCAGAAAAGCCUCUUUCAUGUCCUCCAGCAAUGGUUUAUUUCGAUUCUCCGUCGCUUGGCAAACUACUGUUGCGUGGUGACUCUGAAGGAAUCAUUGUCGUUUGGAAAGUGCCAGAUAUUUCCGAUAAUCAGCUACCUCAAAUCAAACAUAAUACAUCCGCAAAACCGCCAGGAGUUACCCCGUUUAUGAACACCAGUCUAACCAAGGCAUGGGCAGCAAUGAAACCCCAUCCUGUUGGAAUUCUUGACCAACUGGAUUGCGGUGAGAUGGGCGGAAUCCGGCUGACAGCAAGCAUCUACCUGCCGCAGCAGAGCCGACUGGUGGUGGGCAGGGAAGACGGCAGCAUUGUCAUUGUGCCCGCCACGCAGACUGUCAUGCUGCAGCUGCUCCAUGGAAGCCAUCAGCAGUACGAUGAUUGGCCGCCUCAUCAGGUUCUUCUGGGCCAUGCGGGCAGAGUGAAUUGUCUGCUGUACCCACAUCACGUGACCACGCGCUACGACAAGGCGCACCUGGUGUCAGGAGGGGUCGACUUUGCCGUCUGCCUGUGGGACCUCUACGCGGGAACCCUGCUUCAUAGAUUCAGUGUUCACGCCGGUGAAAUAACUCAGUUACUGGUUCCUCCAAACAGCUGCAGUACUCGAGUUGGGAAAUGUGUGUGUUCGGUGGCCAGUGACCAUUCGGUGACACUGUUGAGUCUGACCGAGAGGAAAUGCGUUGUGUUGGCAUCCCGUCAUCUGUUCCCUGUUGUCACCAUCAAGUGGCGGCCUCUGGACGACUUCAUGAUAAUCGGCUGCUCUGAUGGCACCGUCUACGUUUGGCAAAUGGAGACAGGACACCUGGACAGAGUGCUGCAUGGAAUUGGAGCAGAAGAGGUGUUGUACGCAUGUGAUGAAAACACAGCGACGGCCAGCAGCAGCGGCGAGACGGCGGGAUUGGCCAAUCCGGCCGUACAUUUCCUUCGCGGUCUAAGGCACAGGAACAUGUCCGCCAUUCGGCAUGCGACUCAGAGAGGCCUACAUCAGCUGCAACAGCUUAGUCACCACAGCCACCAUGAUGGCAGUGAUCAUCAGAAGGCACGAGCAUUCCCUCUCAUGAUUCAAGGCCUGCGAACUAAUCCUAAAGAUGCCGAAAGUCACAUCCUUUGUUUCGAUAUUGAAGCUCUAAUAGUGCAAUUGCUGAGUGAAGAGUACAGUGCCAUGUCGCCCGGAACACUGGAGUCCCAGGGCUUGAUCAGUGCUUCUGAGUACCAGAAGGUGGCUGCCCUCACUCAGUCUGCAUCUCCAGACGCCCACAAAAAAAUUGCAGACUUCUUUGGCAAAGUGAAAGAUAAGGCCGGGGAUGUAGAACGCAUUCUCAAAGAGAAAGACAAACAUGGAAUCAUCGCGAAAAUGAAGGAGGGUGCUGAGAACGUACAAACUAAACUGCAAGCCAAAGCCGAAAGUGUUGGAUUCAGGCCUAUCAACAUCGAUGGCACGAGAGGAACAAACGGCAACGAGAUGAGUCGAGCGAAGGUGUGCGAGGCGAAUCUGACGAUGGAGAUCGCUCAGCUGCUGUUGUCUCUGCUGCAUGGCUGGGGCAUCGAUCCUGAGUUGGACUACGUCUGCGAGGGCAAGCUCGGUCUGCUCAGGCCAAUGGUGCCUGUCUCGUUCGGAGUUCUCUCAAAAGGAGGUUACAUGAGUCUUCUCCUGCCAACUUGUCAGCUGCUGAAAAUGGAUGCUGUGAGGCAAAGCAUCCCAAGCUCAUUGGAGGCGGACUUGCCGCGCGAAAUGGUGGAGCUGGAAAGAGCCACUCGCCUCUUCACUGAACAAACCCACUGGGAGCUCAGCACAACUGUUACCACAAACCAUCUUCUAGCCAUCAUUGCUCUGUCCAAUACCCUUAUGUCGAUGAACAAUGCAUCUUUUGUCGCUGAACAGGAGAGAAAUCGAAAAUUACAAAGACAAAGCACAAGGAGUCAGAUUAGUUGGAAGCCGGACGAAGCUACUGAGGAUUUGAUAAGUGCCCAACAAGCGCAAAUCAAACAGGGCUGGUCCCGACUUGCAACACUUCAUUGUGUUCUGUUACCAGACAAGGUCAUCCAUAAGGGUAGCAAGACCUUCAAGAGGCCGCAAAUUGAGAUGAUGGCUAGGAGGUGGCAACAUCAUUGUCUCGAGGUGCGUGAGGCGGCUCAAGCUCUGCUACUCGCCGAGCUGGGCCGCAUCGGAACGAAAGGGAGGAAAGCGCUGGUGGAUGCCUGGGCACAAUUUCUGCCCGUGUUCGAGAGUGAGGCCAAGAAUCAGCCGGCCAACAUGCAGCCAUCGCCGCCCCAGCCUCAAUCGCCCCAGGAUGGAAACGGCCAUGAUAGCAAUCCAACGAGUACACAUGAAGAGGAAGACGAGGAAGAGGAAGAAGGAGCUGAAGAGCUGUGCAUCAGGAAACCGUCUUCAAUGUCCGAGCUGAAGCGCAAGGAGACGACUGCAGUGGUUCUGCUGGGAGUGAUAGGAGCCGAAUUCGGCCAGGAUGUUGGAGAAGGCACGAAGACUCGUCGCUCCGAGGACCAGAGGCGCAAAAGCUCUGUUGUCGAAGGCUUUGGCAUCGGAAAUAACAAUCUGGCUCGACUCACAAGUAUAGCCUUGACACGUCUACUGUUGACUCCACCGUCGCAGCGAUUCCCCGCGCACACCCCUUUGCGCAGAGCUGCCAUCGAUCUGAUUGGUCGAGGCUUCACCGUCUGGGAGCCCUACAUUGAUGUCAGCAAAGUCCUUCUCGGCUUGCUCGAGCUCUGCUGCGAUGCUGACAAACUCGUUCCAAGUAUGAGCUACGGCCUGCCGCUGACCCCAGCAGCCGACUCGUGUCGGACGGCGCGUCACGCUCUCACUCUGAUCGCCACCGCACGCCCCGCCGCUUUCAUCACCACCAUGGCCAGAGAGGUGGCUCGUUACAAUACACUGCAACAGAAUGCGCAAACUCUGAAUGUCAACUUGAAUAAUGUUGUGUUGCAUAGAGCCAAGCCUGAAAUAUUGCGUGGCGUCGAAUUACUGAUUGAGAAGAUGCAUGCUGAAAUGACUGAAUUGUUGGUAGAGGUGAUGGACGUGAUUCUGCACUGUGUCGACCCGGGGCACCUGAAAGUGCGUGGCCUCGAUGAAGUCUUCCCCGCCAUUUGUAAAUUCCACCAAGUCAGCCAUUGCUCAGCCACUCGUAGAAUAGCCGUAGGCGCCAAAAAUGGAAAUAUCGCUUUGUAUGAACUACGAUCAGCUAAAUGUCAGCUUAUUCCUGCUCAUGGUUGUGCCAUAACAGCGUGUGCUUUCUCGCCUGACGGCAAAUUUCUGGUCUCGUACGGAUGCGGCGAGAAUCGGCUCUCGUUCUGGCAGACGUCAACUGGUAUGUUCGGAUUGGGUAACAGCCAGACCAAGUGCACGAAAUCAUACAGCACGUCUCCAAUAGCAGAGAUGUCAAGGUUGAACCCUAUGAGAGUUGCAAAGCUAGUUUGGAUGAAUAAUAGGACUGUUGCCUUGAUGCUAGCUGAUGGCUCUGAAACACGCUUCAAUGUUUAGAGACUUCUCUCUUCAUUUCAACAUUUUAAAGUUAGUCCCCGAAAUGCAACCCACCAUACCAAUGUUUAUUGAAUAUAAAUGUAUAUCAACUUUAAAUAGUUGAAGAGUUAUAAAUAAUUCUACUAAAAUUUGCUCCACCUAGUCGAGGCAUUGAUUUUCAAGACUCCAUGAAAUUUGUUUUAUACAGAGACCGGUAGAGAAAGCGGUUGGAACGUUAAAUUCAAUUUAUUGCGAAUAACUGGAUUGAAUAGCUUAUUUGACUUCCCGGGGACAUGAAAAAUAUCGAAAUAUCAAUCUUACAUUCCUCAUUCCACUUUUUAUUUUUAAUUUGGAAUUUUCAAUUUACAGUUUUGUAUCUCUUGAAACACUAGAUAUUAUUACUAAUUGUCUUUGAAAGCUAUUGUACUGUUAAGUGAUGUGUCAUAUUACAAUUAAUGUGAAAUGUGAAAGCACAUUAUUGUAUUCAUAAUAAAGUUUUAAUGUAUAAUAACUGUAUAAGUAAUAUUAUAUGAGACCGUUGAAGUAUUUAGUGUAUAGAUUUGUUAUUCUGCCAUUAUUCUUAAUGAAUGCUAAUGUACUAUAAAUCAAAACUGCAUUAUUGAGAUACUAUCGUCUCAUUUCUGAUAAUAAUUUGUAUUAAUAAAUGCAAUUAGAGGUUAGUAGUUGAAAUUGUAUUUAUAACGCAUACAUAACUGUAUAUUAUUCGAUAUUUAUGUAUUAGUUAUUGUUAAAAAUUGUUAAUAUAUUGUACUUAUGAUAAAGCUAGCUAGCAGGUUCACAUUGUGUAAAACGAUUCUACAGUAUUGAUGAUAUUGUCUAUAAAAAAUUGAUCACGUAUGCAGAAUACACGAUUAUGUUUUUGUUUUCAA